AUGGACGUUGUACUGGGUAAUGAGAGUGACGAGUGGUGGAACGCGACGGAGCAGGCGGUCACAACCGACCUGUACAACUUUUGGGCAUGGAGCAUCGUGGAUGGAGCGCUCAUGCUCCUAAUUGUCAGCGGCAACACGCUGACCAUCCUCGCCGUCACUAUGAGCCGCCGCCUGUCCUCGCUCGUCUCCAACCAGUUCGUGCUAAACCUAGCCGUAUCCGACCUAAUGGUUGGGCUCACUCUGCCUUACCAUCUGGUCUUCUACCUCAGCGACGAUUUCGGAAAAAUCAAGUGGUCGUGUUUAAUGAGGUUUAUUCUUAUAAUACUCGCGUGUCUCGCCUCCAUUUACAACAUCAUCGCCAUCGCUGUAGACAGAUACAUAGCUAUAGUGCACCCCUUACACUACAGUCGCUAUUUGACGAAAGUGAUCACACGAUUGCUGAUGAGCACUACCUGGUCGGUGGCAGUUUGCAUAAGCUGCAUUCCCAUGUUCUGGAACGACUGGCACGACGGUGUUAGUUGCGAAAUGAACAUGGUCGUUCCAAAAACGUAUACGACGAGCAUUCUAGCGCCGAUGUUUUCACUCAUCUGGAUGGUAAUGUUUAUAUUGUACUGGAGGAUAUGGCGCGAGGCCACUUGCCACGCGCGCCGCAUGCGGGCCAAUACGUGCUGCCCCACUGGAGCCAAUGAUUGGAAGAGCAUACAGGUGGUCCUACUAGUUUUAGGCUCCUUCUCCAUUUGCUGGAUGCCAUUCGUCGUAGUAGCGUGCGCUCAAACACUACCUGUCGCAAACCUGCACAAUCCCAUCUUGUACCGCCUAACAUCAUCACUCGCCAUGUCUAACUCUGGUAUUAACCCACUUAUCUAUGCGUGGAAAAAUGCGGGAUUUCGAGCUGCCUUUGCCAAAUUACUGCGUUGUAAGAGACCUGAUACCUCGGAAUAUCGCGGGUCUCCUGCUCCUGAAAGAAAACGAGGUUCAGUGGCUCUGCGCGAGGGCUCUAUAACAAGGACAACACCUAGCGCCCUAUCUACUAUGGGCGGCAGACCGGCACGGCUACUGUAUGUGGAACGUGAAGCUGAUACGGCCAGAUGCCGAAUCAUAGAAAACGCCGGCUACAUCGAUUCAGAAAGGGGUGACUCCAACCCGUCUUACGCUCCAGAUGGCCCGACGCCGGUGCACAGGGCGACGCGGCCGCCUGACGUAGUG